CGAGGCAUGUCGCCUACCGCAGUGAGUAGCCAACGUGAAUACAGCAAAUUUCCGUCGUGAGCACUGGCACAGCCCUACAGAAAAAACACUACCUUGCAGAGGAAAAGUCUGCAUUGGGAACUCCCUUCGCGUGCACGCUACAGAGUUAACUUUCCACCAAUAAUUCGUCGAAUCUGCCGCUCACGUUCUGGACACAAGGGAGACGCGAUGGGGGCAAAAUAAAGAGAGGGGGCAACGCUGCAGAUUCAGUUGUUUUCAGUCCUUUUGGUAUGUGGCAAGGUCUGAGAAAGCGUACAGUUGAAUGUAGCAACGGACUCCGCUGCGAAGUGAAGGCUUUCGCUUUUUAACGGAUAUUGUUGGGUUGCUUCACUGGAUUGCCAGAGAAAGGAAAACUUUCCCUAUUCCUGACGCAGGAGCAAACAUGCCUUUCACCUCGGGAGAGUUUCUGUCGGGUUCCCUCCUAAUCCUACUGCUCGCCUCCUGGUCUUCGGAGUUGUCGUUGUCCCCGGAGGAGGCAAACCAGUUCCUCAAAAGGUCGAGGAGAGCGUACCAGGUAUUUGAAGAAACUAAACAAGGACAUUUGGAAAGGGAAUGUGUGGAAGAGGUAUGCAGCAAAGAAGAGGCGAGGGAAGUGUUUGAAAAUGACCCUGAGACGGAUUACUUCUACCCAAAGUAUUUAGUGUGUCUGGACAAGUUUGGUAACUCAGAGAAGAAAAAGGCAGACCUGGUCACCUGCGUUCACAACAUUCCAGACCAAUGCUCAUCCUCACCCUGUAAUGCUAAGGGUACGGUGCGCUGUGAGGACAAAAAAGGGGACUUUCAUUGUCACUGCUUUACCGGGUGGAGCGGUGUCAUGUGUGAGAAAGAUGUCAAUGAAUGCAGUAAGAGAAAUGGAGGGUGUGACCAUGAGUGCAACAACACGAUGGGGAGCUACCGUUGCUCCUGUUACCAAGGUUACAAGCUGUCCGGCCAUCAUAUGUGUCUGGAUGUGGACGAGUGUCAGGACGUCCCAGAUGUGUGCGGGACGGCGCGGUGUAAUAAUCUAGUGGGGAGUUAUGAGUGUCUGUGUGAGGAGGGCUAUGUUUAUGACAACCAGACCAAAUCCUGCCUGGAUGUGGAUGAGUGUGAGUCAGGGGUGUGUGCUGAGGAGUGUGUGAACACACCUGGGAGUUUCCGCUGCUUCUGUGACGGGCGGCAGGGAAAAAAGCUGGGGCAUGAUUUGAGGAGCUGUGAGCCCAUUGAGGCCUGUGUUCCUUUAGAGUUGAAGAGGAACUCUCGUUCUCUGUAUCUUGGGCGUAUGUUCAGUGGUAUUCCUGUUGUCAGGCUGCGUUUCCGCAGGAAAGUACAGACAGGCUUCACAGCAGAAUUUGAUCUGAGGACGUACGACACGGAAGGCGUCAUCUUCUUCGCCGGCGGACACCUCAACAGCUCCUGGAUCGUCCUUGCAAUGCACCAUGGGAAACUAGAGCUGCAGCUGAAGUACGGGGCGGUGAGCAGAGUGACCAGCAGCGGUCCGCUGGUGAACGACGGACAGUGGCACAAGAUCUCGGUGGAAGAGCAGGGGCGGAGCUUGGUGAUUAAGAUUGACAGGGAGGCAGUGAUGAAGAUAGCAGUGAAUGGGGAUCUGUUCACAUUGAACAAAGGCAUGCAUGAGCUCAAUCUGACGGUGGGCGGGGUUCCCUUUAAAGAGGACGGCCUCGUCAGUAAGGUGAACCCCAGGCUAGAUGGCUGUAUGCGGGAGUGGCGCUGGCUGACAGGGGAGGACACCUCCAUCCAGGAGACCAUCCGCAACAACGAGAGGAUGCAGUGCUUCUCCAGCGAGGACCAGGGCUCCUACUACCCUGGCCAUGGCUUUGCCUUCUUCAACCACAGCCACGGUGACCCCCGGGUGCUUAAAGUAGGGCUGAGUCUGCGACCAGCCUCCACUGUGGGAGUGCUCUUUGCUCUCAUUCAUCAGGAGAGCGUCCCCUUCUCCAUCUCUCUCUCUGAUUAUCACCCCGGGAAGAAAGAGUGGCACGAGCAUGUGCUGGUAGCUUUCGGCGACGUGGUCGUCGCCAGUGCUCCGGUCUCCCUGUGCGACUCAGAAACCCACGUGGUGAACGUGACGCUCUCCGGGAACCAGACCGUCCUGGAGGUGGACGGCCAACUGGGCCAGACCGAACCUCACGAGAGGCUAGAAGCUCCGGACCUUUCCUCCUCAUACAGCACCUUCUUAGGAGGACUACCAGACGUGUCGCUGGUGUCCACCCCGGUCUCGGCCUUCUACACAGGCUGCAUGGAGGUGACGGUGAACGGGCAGCCGCUGGGCCUGGACGAAGCACAGCACAAACACAACGACAUCCGCUCUCACGCCUGCCCCAUGGUGGGAGACCAUCAGUGACCCUCCCGAAUCGCCGAAACCCCGUACAAUACUGUUCCCAACCCCCUCCGUGCCCCUGGCUGAUACUGAAAGGCCUCGGCGGACGUUAGCCAUAUAGCAUUAACUUCUCAGUGCCACGUGACUGAGGUUUUUCCUCCUUAGCUAAUUCGACUGGGUCAUUUCAGGUCAGUCAGGGAGAAGGGCAGUGGGGACAGAUGUUGUACUAGGUUAUAAUGCUGAAUAAUGGCCUUACCAAGCCAGAACCCUUAAAAAAAAACAAUCUUUACAAGUCCCCUCAGUUCCCUAAAUCUUAGCCUCCCAAAAUCAUCUCUCAAACCCCACCGUUCUUCAGAAUACACCUCUGAUACUUAGUGUGACACUCAUACACACACACACAAACACAUGCCAGUUAUUCAGUGACUUUGCUGCACCAUAGACUUCCUCUUCUCCAUAUUCACAACGUGCCCCUCCCCCUCCAGUAAGAAACGAUACACACAAGAUUAUAGACACUGAAACUUGUAUAUUUAUGUAAUAGUCACUGCGAACACAAGGGAGGAGGUGUAUACUUUACAUUAUAGACCCGAAGCACUGCGCAGACACACAGGCUACUGAGACAGAGAAAGUGCGCUGUAAUAUAGUGUAUAUGUAAAUAAGUGACUGUACAAUGCUUUUUAGAGAACAAAAAAAAACAAAACAAAACAGAACAAAGAGCAAAUCAACUGCCUAUCCGUUUUUGUUUUUUUUUCUUUAGAAUAAGCCAAAAUUGGAUUCAGUUAUCCGCGGCUUAAGUAGGUGCUCAGAGUCAAAAUAUAUUUUCCUCAAUAUUUUAUGAUCACUGAGUUCCUCGUUUGGUUUUAGUAUAAGUGUUUUUUUUUUUAAUCUUCUGUAUUGUACAUGGAAACUUUUUGAUUUUUUUUUUUG